CACUAUCCUAUUAGCUUUAGGAUUGGACCUUGGUUGGCCGUGUGAGCUGAGGAGACAUGGCUGCCGCCGCAGUGCGAAGUGUUGGCUCGAAGCUGAGCAAGAAUUUAAAGGAAAUAAGGAUCCAUUUGUGCCAGAAGUCGCCGGGCAGCCAGGGAGUGAGAGACUUUAUUGAACAGAAUUACGUCGAAUUGAAGAAAGCCAAUCCAGAGUUUCCCAUCUUGAUAAGAGAAUGCUCUGGAAUUCAACCCAAGCUAUGGGCCAGAUACGCAUUUGGAAGAGAAGCAAAUGUUCCACUCAACAACCUCACAGCAGAUCAAGUUGCAAAGGCUCUGGAAACUGUAGCUUCAAGUAAACCAUAAAUAUUGUAAAACCACACCAUGUAACUUAAUUUUAUUAGAAAAAUAAACAUUUAUCUUUAAAAACAAUAAAAAA